GCAGAGCAGAGCGCAACCCUUUUGCGCAUCAAAACAAAGCUGAGAACAGGAGCAGACACGCGUGUUUUGAAUCAUCGUCAACCAAGUCUGGAACUGUGAGUAUUCUUUGAAGUGAUGUUCAGUCUGGGCUGUGUGUUGUGUGGUGUUUGGAUAUUAGAAGAACCGGAUUCUAAACAACAAACGCGCUUCUCCAGCAGCAGCAAGAAUCAUCAAUUUACAACAAAAGAGAAAUACGUGUUGAUGUCUGCCACAAUCGAAGGACGUCUCUCGCGACCGUCUCACUUUGCCGAUGUUGGCGUCAAGGGAAGAAAAACCGGCAUCGAACUCCCAGAGACCGGACGCGAUGAACUCGGGUUCCAGAACAUGGACGGCAUCUUCUCCCCCGUCGCAUCAGAGUCCACCACCACAACUACUACUAACAACGACGCGCGCGACACAAACAACCACACAAUCGAAAGCGAAGCAUCAAUGGAAAUCACCGCCUCCUCAACCCACACACGCACCCGUUCCCCCUCCUCACCUCUAAAAUCCUCGCCGCGCCGCGCACCCGGCUCCGCUGCGGGAAUCUUACCCCGCCAGACGCCCGUCAAGACAAACAUCGGCUCGCCCCCGCGCCGAAGCGAGCCCGGACGCGCGCUGUUCAGCGCUGCCGCGCGGAAACUCGAUUUCGCGAAUCUGCCGCUCGCAGACACGCAGCCGUUCUCGUUUGACGCGUUGGAUUCCGCGCCGGCUACCACCGCUACUGAUGCGGUGGAGAAGGCGAGUCCGGCGCUGAAGCAGAUUAAUGGGAAUACGGCGAUCGUGCGCACGGCAAAGAAGCAGCGGAGCGCGAAGCAUGCGCGGCCGUUUUCGAUUGAUGAUUAUGAUGUGUUGGAUGACGAGGAGGAGUUUAAAGACGCGGAGAGCGAACCUGUUGAUUCCGAGACGUCGUUCCAGAACUCUGGCUCUGCAGCUGAAGAGCAAGCUGUGGAGGAAGUAGAGGAGGAAGAAGAAGCAGAGGAAGAAGAGGAAGCAGAGGAAGCAGAAGAAAUUGAGGAAGAGGAAGAGGAAGAAGAAGAAGAAGAAGAGAGAUACGACGUCGACUCCGAAAGCGAUCCAGAAACCUACCGACCAACGCGCGCCAAACGUCGAACGACGACGACGACAACAAAACGCGCGUCGUCAGUGACUGCUUCUGCAUCGCAGAGACGAUCGACGAAGAACACCAGAGUUGCAGCCACGCAGAGUAAGAAGGUUGCGAAACCAGCUGCUGUGCGCAAAGGAGCUGCGAAAGCACCGAAGCGCGUGCAAAAGACGUCUCGCGCGCGCAGGACUACCAGUGUUGAUACAGAACCAGCCGCAACGCAGCACAAGACCGGGUUUGUGGAACUCGUGCGCCCCGCGUCCCCCGCGACAGAAAACACCGCGGUGCGCAGGUCGAAGCGCACGCAUAUCCAGCCACUGGCGUACUGGCGCAACGAGCGGGUCGUGUACGAGCAAGAGCGGGACGCGGAGACGGCGAUUAAAGUUCCGAAGGCUACGGGUGUGUAUCUUGUUGAGUCGCCUGCUGCGUCGACGACGGUGAGGGCGGCGGGUGGGAAGAGGAAGAGGGCGAGGAGGGUUGAGGAGGAGGAGGAGGAGGAAGAGGAAGAGGAGGAGGAGGCGGCGGCGUAUGUCGAGACGGAUGUGCAGGAUAUCAAGACCGGGACUACAGUUUCGCGAGUGGUUGCCUACUCCGCCAACGUGAUCAAAUACACAAAGACCGACGAGUUCCAAUACGCAAAGACCUUCUACGAAGACGGUUUCUUCGCCGGCGGAAUAAUGAAACUGCAGCCCGGCAAAUCGAAGCGCGAGCGCCCGUCGCGCCAUAACUUUAUGCUGUUUAUCGUGCAGGAAGGCACAUUGGAGGUGAAGAUUGCGAGCACGGUGUUUAAGAUGGGAAGAGGAGGGCAUUUCCUUGUGCCGAGGAUGAAUUAUUAUUCGUUUAGGAACGUGGGGAGGAAAGAGGCGGUUGUGUUUUUUACGCAGGCGACGGAUACGUUGUAUAAUCAGGCGAUGGAGGGGAAGAAGGCGGGAGAGGAGUCUGGGGGGGAGUGAUGUCGAUGUGCUUAAUGUCGAUGUGCUUAAUGUGCUUAAUGUGCUCGAUAUGCUCGAUAUCUGCGAUAUGUUACGAUAGUACUUGGAGAUUGCGUUUUGUUAGUGAGACUUUUGUUGUGGUGUAUUUAUUU